GAAACGGCGAGAAAAAGAGGUGGAUUUAUUUCACUACUGUACUCGAGUUCUCGAAGGGUUAACUGCAAGCGAGAAGGUGACGUGAAGUGUUUGUGAGUGCGUAAGUGUGUGUGUGUGUGUGUGUGUGUGAGAUUGCUUUUACUGGCGGAGUGAGCGGUGGAGAGAGAGAGAGAGGCAGUGAGCUAGUUAUUCUGGGGCUCUAUUGCAGUUUACUGUAAGUGUGUGAGAGAGAGAUUUCCAACACUCACACACAACACACGCACAACACAAGCCGACGCACACAGACAGAAAGAACCCUGAAGAUAGAUCGAGGACGGUCUGCGCCGACGGAUCGGUCUUUUAACAUUUCCACAGACAUCAUCAGAUUGUCAGCGUCGCGAGUUAAGAGUUUAAAGGCGCUCUCUCUCUCACUCUCACUCUCUUUCUCUCUCUCCGUCUCACUGACUGCUGGAGGGCUCGCAGCGAUCAGCUGGGAACAUUCCCAGCCUGUGAUCAAUCAGGAGGAGAUUGUGAUCACAACUGGAGGUAAAGAGAAUUUAAAAGUUUAAAAGGAAGAGAGAGAGAGAGAGAGAGAGAAGCUGGAUUUUGCCAGCUGUCACACCUCAACCUGUGGAGAGACUCACCAGAGAGCUUGACACCCCCCCCACCCCAACCCCCCCACCCCAACGUCUCAGCGACUCCUGGCAUUAUGGAUAUCUUGGACAACUUUGGGGCAGAGAAACUUUUUGCAGCUUCGAACCUGGUGGAUCUGGAAGAUUUGAAUGAGACUGACUUUCUCAGCAAUGUGCAUUUCUCAGAGAAUCUGGAUGACUUCUCAAAUGAGCUCUUCAGCAGUUUCUUCGAUGACCCGCUGCUGGCCGAGAAGAACCACCUGCUGGACAUGGAGCUGGAUCCGGCCACUCCAGACAUCCAGGCCGAACACAGCUACUCACUGAGUGGGGACUCAGCCCCCCAGAGCCCACUCAUGCCCAUCAAGAUGGACGAAUACAGCAAAGAUACCGAUGGUGGAAUUUGGUCAUUGGGACCAGACUUGACGAGCAUCAUGAUCAAGCAGGAGCCAAACUUACUGUCUGACCCCUCCACGAUGUCGUCCUUGACCCAGAUCGGAUCUCCCUCCGAGCAACAGUCGACCUCCACUGCAUUGUCAGCAGAGGAGCCAAUCCAGACAGAACCGCCUCAAAUCAAAACGGAGCCCAAAGAUUUCAACCAGUUGCUCAGCGUCCCAGCAGAUGAGAUGGUGCAAUUGCCUCCGACACCUCCCAGCAGCCACAGCAGUGACAGCGAUGGCUCCCAGAGUCCCAGGUCCCUCCCUCCCUCCAGCCCGGCCCGGCCUCAACCUCGUUCGUCCAGUGCCAUUUCCUCAUCUCCUCUUCUUACAGCUCCUCACAAGCUGCAGGGCACGUCAGGCCCGCUGAUUCUCACUGAGGAGGAGAAGCGGACCCUCAUCGCCGAGGGGUACCCCAUCCCCAACAAGCUGCCCCUCACAAAGGCCGAGGAGAAAGCACUGAAGCGAGUCCGCAGAAAGAUCAAGAAUAAGAUUUCUGCCCAGGAGAGUCGGAGGAAGAAGAAGGAAUAUGUGGACAGUCUCGAGAAAAAGGUGGAGACGUACACCUCGGAAAACAAUGAGCUGUGGAAAAAAGUGGAGACUCUGGAGAACGCAAAUAGGACCCUGCUGCAACAGUUACAGAAGCUGCAAGCAAUGGUGGCCGGAAAGGUGACCCGACAAUGCAGAAUGGCAUCAACGCAGACGGGAACCUGCCUGAUGGUCGUGGCUGUCUGUUUCAUUCUGGUCCUGGGCUCCUUCAUGCCCUGCCUUCCAGAAUUUUCUUCAGUGUCUCAGACGGUGAAGGCUACUCCCCUCUCUGCCGCUGACGUCUACACCACCAGCCAGAUCCGAUCCAGGAGUCUGCUGUUUUAUGACGAGGGAUCCUCACUGGAAGAUCACUACACGGGUUUCUUCCCAGUCGACAACUCGGAGAAGUGGGAACCGAUGAGCAGAGGUCCGAGCGAGAAGAGGUUGUACGAUCAGUCGCCCGACCACAUGACGUGGUCGCAAGAGGCAUCCAAAUACUUAAGUGAAGCCCACAUGGAUACCAACAAGUCAGAUCCCAGUGAAUUAAUUCAGGAAAAAGCGCAUCGUGAGAGGGGGAUUGGAUCAGAUAGCACAGCAGAAUAUUUGUAAUUAACAGUCACGGGCUGCACACGGGCAGCCUAGGAUCAACUCCUGACUGAAGGCUUGGGCUGUCAGACCAGCCAGACAGAGCCGUGUGUCGGUCUCUCUCCCGUCCUGUGCUCAGGCCUCUCCCGGCGUCAUGGAUCGUCAUCAUUAUGCACCUCGCAAGUGUGUUGGACUGAAGUGUGCCAUACCGCAGAGAAUCAGGGUAGCUAGGCCAAGCCGGUGGGGGGGUGGGAAGAGAAAACUACAGUAAAACUCACACAAGUCGGAUUGGCUGCCUGGUUUCGCCCACGCAAUAUACAGUCACUUUACAAUAUAAUCUGUGAAGCACUUUGAGACUUC